CAUCACAUGAUCUGGUAAGAUGGCUGUGCUGGGAGCGGGCUGUUUCGUGUUGCUCUGCUGCAUCUCCUCCGUCCUGGAAACCGGAGCAUGGGAGACGGACCCGAAGAGUGCACAGCCAACACCCCUGGUAAUAUGGCACGGCAUGGGUGACAGCUGCUGCAACCCUCUCAGCAUGGGAUUUAUCAAGAAAAUGGUAGAAGAAAAUAUUCCCGGAAUUUAUGUUUUGUCGUUGGAAAUUGGGAACAGUAUUGAGGAGGACAUAGAGAACGGUUUCUUCAUGAAUGUAAAUGAGCAGGUGGAACUGGUGUGCCAUAUAUUAUCCAAGGACAAGAAGCUGCAGAAUGGAUACAAUUCGAUGGGCUUCUCUCAAGGAGGCCAGUUCCUGAGAGCGGUGGCACAGAGAUGCCCUUCUCCUGCCAUGAAAAAUCUCAUCUCAAUUGGAGGCCAACAUCAAGGUGUGUAUGGUUUACCGCACUGUCCUGGAGCGAGUUCCAAAAUCUGCAAUUUGAUAAGAAAACUGCUGAACUUAGGUGCUUAUAAAAGUCCAAUUCAAGACCACCUAGUGCAGGCAGAGUACUGGCAUGAUCCCUUGAAUGAAGAACUCUACAGGAACAAAAGCGUUUUCUUGGCUGACAUCAAUCAAGAAAGGGGCAUCAAUGGAAGCUACAAGGAGAAUCUGAUGAAACUGCACAAGUUUGUAAUGGUGAAAUUCCUGAGGGACACCAUGGUUCUCCCAGUUGAUUCAGAGUGGUUCGGUUUCUAUAAAGCUGGCCAGGCCAAGGACACGUACACCUUACGGGAGAGCGACCUUUAUCGUGAGGAUCGACUGGGGUUGAAAGCUAUGGACAAAGCAAAGAAACUGGAUUUCCUGGAAGUGGAUGGGGAUCAUCUUCAGUUUUCAGAGUCAUGGUUCAUCAGCACCAUAAUUCCUUACCUCAAGUGAUCCUUGUACCUAGCUAGUAAUUUUCCACUAAUUGCUUCAUCAUUUGCCUAAUAUCAAAUUGUAAAGCACUGGGUCUCAUCUACAAUUGAAUUACAACGCUUUGCUAAUCCAAGAUGCUGCAGAGUUUAAAAGAAGAAUGCAGGCACUUAGGAACUCAAGAAUGUCCAUUCUGCUCGGCAGGACUAAACUUUCAGGCUUCUACUUUUACAAGUUGAGAAGUAAAUUGAGAUGAGUGCAAAAAUAGUGGGGAUGAGGAAAGUAGUUAAUUUCUUCUCCCGAUGCAGGAGUUAGCGUCCUUUCAUAUAGGAUCUAAACGAAAACCAUGUCCUUGUAAUGGUAAAGAAGAUCACCUUGACCAUCUAACGGUUUGACUAAAAUAAAAACUGUUCACGAGAUCAUGACAAAUCUUUUAAGUUUAAGAAUGCCAGUGAAUGUUAUACCAGUAACCUUAGUUCUAAUUAUUGAAUUUUAGAUCAGCAAUUUUGUCCUUGGCCUGUGAUUAGAGCUAGUCUCAGCUUUAUUCGUGGGAUCUAGAUAAGUAUAUUAUAAUCAGAAUGACAGCCAGAUAUUAUUGACAUAAUUUCAACCCUCCAACUACUGUCUCCUCGGCUCGUAAUUAAAACUAAUGAAACAGGUUGUACUAAAAUCUCAACAUGAGUGAAAUAAGACUUGAUUUGCAAUGCCUUUCAUGGUCAGGAUGUUUUGUACCUAUGUCUUGUAAGCUGAUAUGUAAUACUUUUUUAAGCAGUGGUACCAAUAACCAGAGAGUAAGAUUUCAGAUUGGAUCUAAUCACUGAACAGUGCAAGCUGAAAGACAAGCUGUUUGGAGGAACGCAGAGGGCCAGGCAGAAUAUAUAAAGGGGGUGGAGAUGAGAGGAAAUCGUGACAUUGACAUUUUUUUGGGUCAAGUUCCUGCCUCACAGCCAAAUGAUUCUUGAUGGAGUUUUUUUUUUCACUCUGAAGCACAUCAUCCGCAGUCUGCCUCCGGUGAAUGAAAACAUUUAUUUCAUUUUAGUAACAUUCACCUACCAUCUGUUUCAGUGUUAAGAUUGUGCUAUUGUCUAAAAUUUUAACAUGCUGACUUCAGGGAGCGUGUAAAGCUGAGUGUUAUUGGUGUGGUCGUGGUACAGAUUAAAAGAUGAUUAUUGAUUUAAUAAGUACCUCCUCGCCGAUUAAAGCUCCAAGGAAGAUUAAAAUUAUCAAGCCGAGUGCGGAAGGUUCAGCACCA